GCCCCAGGAAGUGAGUAAACCUCCAGGGAGAAAGGUGAGUAGGAGGAGAGCAUGUGGUUUCCCUGGGCUGCUGCGAGGCUGAUGCUGAUCAGACAGACUCCUCUCCAGCAUCUGGCAGGACUGUCAGACACCGCGAGGUACAUCUUCAGCACACAGGACUAUUGAGGCCUUGGCAAGUAGAGACCUGUGGAAAUUUCAGCUUUAAGCAAGGAAAAAAGCUGCAGUUGCAGCUGCUUCCUGCUUUCCUGUGUCAGUUCUAAAGGGCUUGAUCUAUAGACACCAAACGAGAUGAAUGGCUCAGAAGCUAGGACUGACCCCGAGCACCCAAAGGUCAUGGGGGAUUUUCCAGGUCAUGUCCUUCCUGGAACACUUUUCUUUGUCAUAGGUCUUUGGUGGAGUAUUAAGCACAUUCUGAAGCAUGUUUGUCGACAGCAAAAGAGGUCUUUCUCCCUUAUUACCAAGAAAUUCUUCCUUCGAGCAGAAAUUGUGGAAGGAAUUGUGAUUACUGGCGUGGUAUUAGUAGGAAUAACUGGUCUAUACCUUGUGCUUGGAAAGCGAAAUCAGCUCUCAGAAAAAGAAUCCCAGUUGGUCCUAAUCCUGCACUGGCAUCAUUUUGUCAUGUAUGUCUUCUUUGCAAUGCUAGGUGGGACCAAGAUCUUAUGUUUCACCAUACGUUCACUUCCAGUCUCUUUGGUCAAGUUAAUGUUAGCAAAUGCCUGCUUUGUCGAUGCUUUUAUUUUCCACAAUCACACACAUGGCCGGACCUUGGUGGACACCUUUGGGCACCAACUGUUGAGCUUCGCUAUAUUUUUGGCAGGUUUGGUUGCCUUUAUAGAAUUCUUUACAAAGAGCAAUGUAGUUCUGGCACUCCUGCGGUCGAGCCUCGUCAUGCUACAUGGGAUGUGGUUCUGUCAGGUUGCUUUUGUCCUGUUUCCCAAAAAUAGAGACCAUGCAUGGAACCUGUCUGAUCAUAGCAACGUUCUGUUUCUCACUGUAAUCUUUUGUUUGUAUUAUGCAUUGACCUAUGUCAUCAUUGGAAUUAAUUAUGCUCUUGUUACCUGGUUGGUGAACUGGAGACUUAGCAAGCUCUGCACCUCGGAAACUCAACUUCUGAAAAAUCUUGAACAGCAAGACGAAUCAGAAGAUGAAAUGUGAUAUUUUUAGACUGCCAUCUAGUGUCCCUAAACAAACCCUUUUAUAGUUUCCAUUGUCUUUGCUCUUGGCUUCAUUUAGUGGACAGUAUGGAAAGAAGCUGUGACUACAAACCUGUAAUUUUGCCAGUUCACAGACAAAUUAUCACGGGCCAUCUUCAGCCAAGUUAAUAGCAGUUUAUUACCCACCUCUGUAUGUGACCUAACAUCUUUUUGGUUGUAAGUAAAUUCUUUGGAAUGUACAAAUGGAUCCUUAGUUUCUACCCAGCAGAAACCUAUUAAUAUAGUCAAAAGAGUAUCGGAGGCUUACAGUUGAGGUCCCCUCUUUUCUGUAACUUGCCUACACGUUGUUUACACCAAUGCAUUUGAAAAGCAUUUUGAAUAUGCUUUGUUCUGUUACUCUAAAAGGUUAUAAAAAUGUUAUCAUGUUGAAACAUGGAAUUUGAGGUAACUCACAUCUGUGUUCCUGGGCUAUAGUCACCCAUAUCUGACUCUGGGAGAAACUAAUCCCCUUGGAGAUGGCAAUAGUUUCUAGCGUUGACAGGUUCUUAACUUUUUUUCUGAAGGCUACCUGGCUGAGGAUGACUUUGUAGCAGAUGCUCCAAUUCUGUUAAAGCAUUUGUGUUUACAUGUUUUAUUCUUAGCUUGUAGCAUAAUUUGUGAUAAGUUCAUUUUCUGUAUCAUGUAGAGUGAUUUUUCUGAUGUUAUAUGCCCCCAUAAUGACAAGUAUUUGUUUAAUUUAUCUGAGAUAUAUAUAUAU